ACGAAAGUGAAAUGCUUUCAUCAAUACUGGAACUAUAUGAAGGACUGUCACACCCAAGUCUGUUCCUGGUUUGACAGGUGGGGUUGUUGUCUGUCGGUUCAGUUGGUCUCUCGGUUCAAACUGCUCAGUGAGUCUGUGAAGUCUACGUGAAACAUGUCCGGAGACGCCAAUAUAGAUGAAGGAUUUUACUCCAGACAGCUGUAUGUUCUGGGUCACGAGGCCAUGCGCCGAAUGAGCGCAGCUGGCGUCCUCAUAGCUGGCAUGCGUGGUCUUGGUGUGGAAAUAGCUAAAAAUGUGGUUUUGUCCGGAGUGAAGUCUGUGACUGUUCAGGACGAAGGCUUGACUGAUUGGUCUGAUCUGUCCUCUCAGUUUUUUCUGAAGGAGUCCCAUCUUGGUAAGAACCGUGCCAUAUGUUCCCUUCAGCAGCUGUCUGUUUUAAACCCACAUGUGCGUGUGUUGGCUCACACUGGACCACUCGAUGAAGAGUUUCUUCUGCAAUUCCAGGUGGUAGUCCUCACCGACUCCUCGCUGGAAGAUCAGAAGCGCUUCGGUCAGCUUUGCCACUCACAUGGAAUCAGGUUCAUUGUAGCUGACACUAAAGGGCUCUGUGGCCAGUUGUUCUGUGACUUUGGGGAGGAGUUUGAGGUCUUGGACCAGGAUGGAGAGGCUCCUAAAACAGCGAUAAUACAAAAUAUAUCCAAGGGUGAUCCCGGUGUGGUGCUCUGCAUAGAUGAUAAGGCUCACGGAUUUUCAGAUGGCACCAAGGCUACAUUCUCUGAAGUUCAAGGCAUGACGGAGCUCAACGGUAUCAGCCCUGUGGAAAUCAAAGUCCUCGGGCCAUACUCCUUCAGCAUCAGUGACACUUCUGCCUUCUCUGAGUAUAAACGGGGUGGAAUAGUGACUGAGGUUAAACAGCCCUGUAUACUUUCUUUUAAACCAUUCAGUGAGGCCCUGUAUGACCAGCAGCUGCUGGUCAUGAAUGAUUAUGGCAAAAUAUGUCAGCACAACACCCUGCACUUAGCUUUUCAAGCCCUGCACAGCUUUGUGAAGAAAGAACAGAGGCUCCCUCGUCCUCGAUCGGAGUCAGAUGCAGAUGCUCUGCUUGCCACGGUGAGAGAGCUGAAUGAAGUUGCACAGCUGGAGCAGCUGGAUGAAGCUGCUGUGAGAAAACUUUCCUACACAGCGCAAGGUGACCUGGCUCCUGUCAACGCUUUUAUUGGAGGUAUUGCUGCACAAGAGGUUAUCAAGGCAUGCAGCAGGAAAUUUAUGCCUCUGCAACAGUGGUUUUAUUUUGAUGCCCUGGAGUGCCUCCCAGAAGAGGAAACCCAACUGGAUGAGUGCUCUUUUGCAGCAAAAGGUAUGCGGUAUGAUGGGCAGAUAGCCGUGUUUGGCUCAGCCUUCCAGGAGAAGCUGAAGAGCCAAAAGUACUUUCUGGUUGGAGCAGGCGCUAUCGGCUGUGAGCUUCUUAAAAACUUUGCCCUCAUCGGCCUUGGUGCAGGAGAGGAAGGACACAUUACUCUAACAGACAUGGACUUCAUAGAAAGAUCCAACUUAAACCGACAGUUCCUGUUCAGGUCUCAGGAUAUUGGGAAACCAAAAUCAGAAGUUGCAGCCAAAGCAGUGAAAGAGAUGAACCCACAGAUGAAAAUCACGGCUCACCAGAAUCGACUAGAUGCUGAUAGUGAAGAAGUGUAUGAUUACAACUUCUUCAUGGGUCUCGAUGGAGUGGCUGCCGCUCUCGAUAACGUGGAAGCCAGGGUUUAUCUGGAUGGACGCUGCGUCCAGCAUCAUAAACCUCUGCUGGAGGGAGGAACUCAGGGAAGUCAGGGUCACACUCUGGUGGUGGUGCCUGGCCUCACAGAGUCUUAUGGGCCAGCCAAGUCCAGCUCUGGCAGCACUAUCCCACUGUGCACCCUAAAGAACUUCCCUCAUCACAUUGAACACACCCUGCAGUGGGCGAGAGAUCAGUUUGAAGGGCUGUUCAAACAAACACCUGAAAAUGUGAAUCUCUUUCUAAGAGAUUCUGGGUUCGUCGAGAGGACUCUUGGCCAUGCUGAGGCUCUGGAGGUCCUUGGUGCGGUCUGUAACAGCCUUGAGGACAACGCAGCUGGAGGACUUCGUCCUAAGAGCUGGGAGGACUGUGUGAGCUGGGCUCGCUGCAAAUGGGAGACUCUUUUUAACAAUGAUAUAGUCCAGCUACUGCACGGUUUCCCUCCUGAUGAGAUGACGGCUACUGGUCUGCCCUUCUGGUCUGGAUCCAAGAGGUGCCCUCACCCACUGACCUUUGAGCCCGACAGUUCUACCCAUAUGGAUUAUGUGAUCGCAGCAGCAAACCUGUAUGGUCAGAUCUAUGGCAUCAACGGAACAAGAGACUCAGCAUCGAUCAGAGAAAUCUUACAGAAAGUCUCUGUGCCAUCCUUCACCCCAAAGUCCUCUGUGAAGAUUUAUGUCACUGACAAAGAGAUGGAGGAGGACAAAGAAAAGGGGUGCGAUGACGCUGAAAAAGCCCGACUUGAGGAGUUGAAGAAAAAGUUGGCCUCUCCAGCUCUGAAAAGCUCAGCCAUGCAGAUGUUCCCCUUAGACUUUGAGAAGGAUGAUGACAGCAACUUCCACAUGGACUACAUUGUCGCAGCUUCAAAUCUUAGAGCAGAGAACUACGACAUCCCUGCAGCUGAUCGGCAUGAGAGCAAGCGCAUCGCUGGGAGGAUCAUCCCAGCCAUAGCUACUACCACAGCCGCAGUGGCGGGCCUGAUGUGCCUGGAGCUGUACAAACUGGUGCAGGGCCACAAGAAGAUCAGCUCUUACCGCACGGCUUACUUCACCCUGUCUGUUCAGUACUUUGUGAUGUCCCAGCCAAGCCCACCCCCACACUUUGAAAUCGCAGGAAAGAAAUACACCCUCUGGGAUGACUUCCUGGUUGAGGGCAGAUGUGGUGGUCAGCAGGAAAUGACCUUGGGAGAUUUGCUCCAGUAUAUCAAGGACAAAAGCAGCCUGACAGUUUGCAGUCUGUACUAUGGACCAGCUGUCCUCUACAGUGGCCAAGAGGAGAGACUUGCGCUGAGUGUGUCUGAUGUGGUCAGAAAUGUCACCAGGACAGAAAUCCCUCCUCACAAGAAGAUGCUGGAGCUGGUCCCAUCCUUUGCUGAAGAGGACGAUGACUCUGAUUGCUGCCUCACAAUCAGAUACCUGCUACUGUGAAGUCAUCCAUUCAAUGAAAAACCUCCAAACACCUGUCUUUCUACAUAUCUUCUCCAUCCGCUAAAAUGGCUCUUAUUUUUCUGCAUUUUUUUGUCUUUUCUUUUUUGCUGCAAACUGCAACUCUGAUCAUGUAAACUAUCUCUGAUUCAGAUCUGUUGUAACAUUUUUCUGCCAAAUCACAGUUAAAUGAUUUAAAAAGUAUAACAGAUGAUAAUAAUUUCCUAUUUCUUUGUUUAAAUUGCAAGAGACUAAACUGCUGUUUGUCUUUCAUUGGUUUUAAUUACAUGUAAAUUGUGUCUUUAAAGAUGUGGGACUAAGAGGUUGUGAGGAUUCUUGCCAAGGAUGAGAUGAUGUGGAGCUGCUAGGGCAGAGCUGGACAGCUUUCAGGGUUGAAUUCAGGUCAGAGCAAGUGAGAUGUAAAAGUGAAGCAGUGAAGUCAGAACAUACAGUUGGCACAAUAGUUGUGACACUUUGACAGUUUAGGGUCAACAUCUGAAUACAGCUGUGGUUCUCUCCAGAUGAUUGAACAGCUGUUCUGAGAGGAGAAACUGGUUUCUUUACGUAAACCACUAAUCUUUCAACUUCUGAUGAUGGAUGCUGAAUUGAUUUUAUAAAAAUUAUCACUGCCACAACUUGUAGAACUCAUUUGUUUUCCCUGUGUGCAUUGGUUUGGAAAUACAGGAGGCUUUUAGUGAAUUAAUUCUGUUUAAAUAACAGUGGCAUUAAUCCACAUCCAUGAGGAACAGUAUUGUAAACCUGUAUUUCUCUUUUAGUCAGUUCCCUUUUAACCUAGCAAAGCAGAUGGAUCCACCCGUUUCCAUGUUUCUCACUGGCAAAUCCAUCUGUCAAAGCUCCCAUCUAAACCAUUUUGGCCCGGUUCGAAAGUGACAGGACCAAUCAGCAAUGAGGGGCAAUACUUUCACAUGCCAUGGAGUCGUGAUGUAAACAAGCAGCAGCUCCUGUCCUACAUAUCAUUCCACCCUGUCACCUGGAUUUCCUCCUCUAUCCACUGUCCUAUUUAAUAAAGGCUUAUAAGCCAAAAGGGGAAAAAA